AUUUACGACGUAGUGACACAUAAACAUUCUCUUUGUAUUAAAAAACAUUAGUAAACAUUGAAACUAGUUUGCUGUUUGAUUGAGAAUUAAAUUGGAAAUUUUAAUACUUUUCAAUCGAAUUGAAAUCAAAUAAAAACGUCGUUAUGGAUACCAACGCGAAGAAGGAGAAAUUUGAAUGUGAAUCGACUGGAAACGCGGUUGCUGGUAUGAUACGAGCAUUCCAAUUGUCAGAAGAGGAUAGUGAGAAAUACGAACGUAAAACUAUUGAGAAGUGGUUUCCCAAUUGGUCAUGGGAUGAAUAUGCAGCUAAAAUUGCCGAAACGGAAGCUCAAUUUCCACGACCACCAGAAAUUGUACAUUCAGAUCCCCAACGUCAGGCUGAAUUUGAAAGUAUGUGGUAUAUAUCACAGAAAACAGAGGCAUCUAAGAAACGAUGGUCUGAAUUGAUGGCAGAACUACAAAAAAUUGACGGAGGACCAUUAUCCCCCGACGGACAUGGAUUUGAAGUGUAUUACCGGGGAAAAAGAAUGGAAUGAAAUUUAGAUUCUCUGCACGAUAUCACGCUAUCUAUAAGUUUUUAUUUAACUUCAUUUUGAAUGGAGUGUGUUAUCUGCUUUAAUUUAAAUCCUAAUCUCCUUUUCCCGGAGUAUAUGAUUCGCUGUACACGAGGCUCUAACGCAAUCCAUGCGAGCUGUUUUGCUCGUCAGGCGCAACAGAUUGGGCUACACCAUCGCUAUUUGUGUCCAGUGUGCAGAUCCAUUUUGGUUGGAUACAAUUGGGAGGAGGAAAAAAAUAGGAUUAAAGGUGAAAUAGCGGCCCGAUGGCUAGAAAAUGAUGAUUGACACAACCAUGACGGCCGAAGAAAGAGAAGAUUGGGUACGGAAUUCAACUCGAUUUAUAAACUUCAUUCGGUUAAUAAGAAAUCUGUAAAUUUACUUGCCAAUAUAACAGUAUUGAGGUUAUGUUGAUGUAAUAUUCAAUCUUCAUUUCGAAUUUCCUUAUAUAAUUUCCCAAUGGAACAAUCAAUGUUUCCGUUUCGUCAGAAUGAACCUGCAAAUUUGAGACUGAGCCAAACUCUUUUGUUAAUAAGAUGCGAUAAUUCAUUCCAAUGUUUACUAUGUAAAUGAAAUUACCAUUAAAAUUAUGUUAUUAGUUCAACUCAGGU